AUGCUCUCGGCUCAAGACAUUUCGGUGCUGGCGAACGCCCCACCCUCGCCAGACAUCUGGGACUCUCACUGUGCGCCGCCUCUGAACUCCAUGGCCUCACUCUCUACACAUGCAUCAUCACUCUCCCCUUGCUUCAAACCCGCAUGCACCGCUGCGCCAACUCCAAGUUGCGCGCAACCGCAGUCCGACACUUACGUGUCCGACAACGCACCCCACAAGCGUUUCUACUACAAGCGGUUUCCAGACAAGCGCAAACGCUCGCCGGGUGAUAUCGGCGACUGCGAAAGAAAGUCCGCGCGACCACAGUCCAGCACAAAGCUGCCCAACGACGACUCCUCGCUAGAUGAUACUGGCGAUUGUGACAAAAAGUCCGCGCACCCUCAGUUCGACACAGACCUGUCCGACGACAACGACUCACCGCACAAGCGGUUCUACGACAAGGAGCGGUUAACUCAAGAGCGGAUUGCAGACAAGCGGGAGCGCUCGCUGGCACAUCCAGAUCCUCUGACCCAACUGACAGAAGACCUAUAUGAGCUCUGUGGUCUUACCGACCUCGCCGCCGAGGUAGCACGGGAGAAGCCCAACGGCGAGAAGAAUGCUCUUCGAAAAACAUACAAAGGCCACAUAAAACGGCUCGGGGUAGCUGGUCACUUUGACGUGCAGAAAAAGAAGGAAGAUGCACCUUCAGAAUUCAUGGCCAUUCUGCAGGUCCCCGAGCUGGAAUGGAAUGUCCACCAAGUUAAAGGCCGUGAGAUUUCAGAUGGCUUAUCAAUGACCACUAUGUCGAAUCUCGGUCGUGCCAUGAACAUGUCCAAAGGACCUAUCCCUAAAGCAGUGUGGGAUUCCUCGGUGCUGGGAGACUUAGCACCAUCAAAUGGAAAUGCGUCCAAGCCAAUCUCAGCCAAACCAUCAGCACCGGGUACGCCCUUAGCCUCUACUCCAAACGCCAUGGGUAGGCCCCAACCCCAGAGUCUAGCAGGGCAAGAUCCCAACAGGCCGCGGAGGAACGUCAAGAAACGUUCCUAUGGCGAGAGCAGUUUCGAAGGCUACGGCGAAGGCUACCCUGACGACGAUGGUGGCAUGGAUACUGGCUACUCCACAGGAGAAGGAGAAGGCAGCGGCCCAAAGCGGCGCAAACAAAUUCACCUUCGAAUGGCCUCAUGA